ACUUCGUUCUCCCAAGUCGCUAGACAUUUUUUUUCUCCAUCGAGUUCGAGGGAAUCCUCGCCAUCCCCGCCCGCACUAUUAUUAAUUGAUUCCGACUCCAUCUCCGUCUUUCACAUUACUACAAAAUGGCGGCGCCUGGCCAGCCGUCUCCCCAGCAGAUUGCCGCCAUGCAGCAACAGUUCGCUGCUGAGGCCGCAAAGCGUGGCAUGACUCCGGAGGAAUUCGCUAAACAGCAGCGCGAACAGCUGAAUGCCGAAGCCGCAAAGCAUGGCAUGUCCACCGAGCAAUACGUCCAACAACUGAGAAUGCGAGCUCUCGCUGCUCACCAGAAGCAGGUCGAGGCUCAACGACAGGGCCAAGGAUCGCCACAGCCAGGACAACCAGGGCAGCAAGGUCAGCAAGACGAGCAAGGCCAGCAGGCACCACAACAGCCUCAACCACAACAGACCACGCAUCAAGUGCCUGUGAACCCAUCGAAUCCGCCAGAUCCCAAAGCCAUCGCAGUUGCGCAGUUCUUGCGAUCUCAGAACUUGAAGCCGAGGACGUGUAUCAUGGAUGGACAGAGGAAGGACAUGUUCAAAGUGAAACGUGCCAUUCGCGCUUUGGAGUCGCCCGCAUACGCUAAAGCAGCCGCAAAGAAAAACUCCCUCCUCCCUCCCGUAACGGACCGUGCAUCAGCAGAGAAUGUAUUCAAGCUCCUCCCUCUAUCGCUUCUUGCCUUGCGCGUGUCGAAAGUCGACCCCCAUGCGGGUCACAACCACGCGAAGCCCAAGAACCGAGUCAAGGGGCUGUGGACCGUCAAGAUUGAGCAACACCAGGAAACAGACCCUAUGAUGCACUACGUAUGGCUGUACGAGGGACCUCAAUGGAAACAGAAGGCUAUGGCCGCCGCAGUGGUGGCUGGUAUUUUCGCUGUUGUUCUCUUCCCAUUGUGGCCUAUGGUGAUGAGACAAGGUGUUUGGUACCUGAGUGUUGGUAUGAUGGGUCUACUGGGAUUAUUCUUCGCCAUGUCGAUCUUCCGUCUUAUUCUGUUCUGCGUCACGGUCUUUGUUGUCCCUCCUGGUCUCUGGUUGUUCCCGAACUUGUUCGAGGAUGUUGGCUUUAUCGACAGCUUCAAGCCUUUGUGGGGUUGGCAAGAGAGUAAGAAAAAGAAGAAGUCUAAGAAGUCUUCUGGCGACGCAUCCAAGCCCGCCAAGUCUCCAGUCUCUCAACCAGCCGACUCUGCCCCUUCAGCGACCACAACGGCAACCGCGGCCCCGGAUACUUCGAGUGCCGUCAAGCGUGAUCUUGCCCCUCGAGUUGAAGAGGUGACAGACGAGUAAUGGUAUAGAUCUAGCCACCUUGGUCUUUGUAGGUUCUUUUUGCAUCGUGUUGCACAGGAUCGUUGCUGCUAGGGAUAAACUUCACAUUCUGCAUCUGUAUGCUACCUGGUAUUUAUUACUAUCUUUGUUCGUCAGCUAUUCCUUGUCACCUGUUUGAAGGGUUUAUUCAUGUUGGUUCGGGUUAUGGGCGAAAUGAUUGCAAUUCUGUAUGAGGGUUUCAACAUACAAAAAAUGAAGUUCUGCUUUUCCACAAAUAGCUCCCGCUAUUCAUACAGUUUUCUUGAGGGUAGUAGUCCCAAAGUGCAACAGGAUUGUAUAGUUGGACAUUAACAGUGCAACUAGCUUCAUUUGGC